GCCGACCGUCAGACUUAACGCUUUCUGUCUCUCUUCCUUCCACGACAGUCCCCCUCCACUCCUUACAAUCUGGCGCCCACACUGCUUUCCGUGUUCACGAGCCGACGGGCCAAGUCCAGACCGCAAUCUCCUCAGCCAGGCUCCCCGUCAUCCCACUCUCAAGCCCUGCCCAUGGGCCAGCAGAACUCGAAGAAGUCGCGGAAGAAUGGCAAGGACAAGGACAAGGACGCCGCUGUCGAUUCCUCAUCCUUGACUGACGCGGCGACCGAGGAGAGCAACGACAAUACCCCGCAAGGCAGCCUGUCGCGUGCGACGGGCACCGGUUCGACCGUUUCACCCAAGACUGCGAACGGAGUCGACUCGUCAGGCUCCAAGACGCAGGGGAAUGGAAACCCUGCCAUUAAUGUUUCGAGCCCCGCGGGCACGACAGGCCCAGUGCCUGCGAACGGACAGCGGGCCCCUGGCUCGCCAUCGUCAUCGACCCACCCCGCACCCACCUCUACCGAUCCUUCAUCUUCUUUGUCUCCGUCCAACGCUACGUCUCCUUCUUCAUCACCAUCGCUCGGCACCAGACCCGCACCAGCCCCUCUCGACAUUCCUGCCGCGCAGACCAUCCUGUCGAACCCUAACAGCUACCCCACGCCCGGGUCCACGUCCAGCAGUUACCUCCCUGGGGAGGCUGCGGGAUCCGCUGGCACCAGUGGGCGAGAGAAAAUCAAGCAGUUUGACAUUGACGACAUGAUCCACCGACUGCUGGAGGUGGGAUAUACAGGGAAAGUUAGCAAGUCCCUAUGUCUAAAGAAUGCGGAGAUCACGGCUAUAUGCCAGGCAGCACGAGAGGUAUUCCUAAGUCAGCCGACCCUCAUAGAACUGUCGCCGCCUGUUAAGAUUGUCGGAGAUGUCCACGGCCAGUAUUCCGACCUCAUUCGCUUGUUUGAGAUGUGUGGCUUCCCUCCCGCCGCCAACUAUCUCUUCCUUGGUGACUACGUCGACAGGGGGAAGCAGAGUCUUGAGACUAUCCUCCUUCUGCUAUGUUACAAAGUCAAGUAUCCCGAGAACUUCUUCCUGCUACGAGGGAAUCAUGAAUGUGCAAACGUUACGAGAGUGUAUGGUUUCUACGACGAAUGCAAACGACGCUGUAAUAUCAAAACGUGGAAGACAUUCAUUGACGUCUUCAACUGCCUUCCUAUUGCUGCCAUUGUUGCCUCCAAGAUCUUUUGUGUUCACGGAGGACUUUCCCCAUCACUACAUUCCAUGGAAGACAUCAAGCGGAUACAGCGUCCGACAGAUGUUCCCGACUACGGACUAUUGAACGACCUCCUGUGGUCGGAUCCCUCAGACACAGCAUUGGACUGGGAGGACAAUGAGCGAGGGGUUAGCUAUUGCUUUGGGAAGGCUAUCAUCAACGAUUUCUUGGUCCGGUACGAUAUGGACUUGAUAUGCAGAGCGCAUAUGGUGGUUGAGGACGGGUACGAAUUCUGGAAUGACCGCACCCUCGUAACGGUCUUCAGUGCGCCCAACUAUUGCGGAGAGUUCGACAAUUACGGCGCAUGCAUGAGCGUAUCUGAAGAAUUAUUGUGCGCCUUCGAACUACUCAAACCCUUGGACGGACCGGCACUGCGAAAGGAAAUGACUAAAGCGAAGCGGAAGAGCUUGAUGGGUCCUGGUGCCAACCAAUAAUCCCCAUACGACAUGGUAGGGGUGUGUUGUCUGUAUACGAUUAUAAUUGGACCAUGUCGUUUGGUGGGUGGGUGGUCGACCUGAUGUGCAUCGGCGGUUCGUGGUGGCGGCGGGGGUUGGUGACUCAAGUG